UCCUGCCUCGUCUCGGUGACCUGGGCCCAGGAGGCCUCGCGGGGGCGGCGGCGGCGGCGCCCUCAGCGGCCCUCUCGGCCCGUCCUAUAAAGGGGCUUCCGCGGCCAACGCCUCCUUCUCUUUGCUCGCGGCCUCGGAGGAGGAGAGGAAGGAAAGAAACAUACAAAAAAAAUUAAAAAUUAAAAAAAAACCUUAAAAAGAGCAAAAAAAGAGAAAAACCAAAGGAAAAAAUCUCGCCUGAUGACCCAGGAGGAGGGUAACGGACAGUGAAGCGCGGGAGGGAGGGAAGGGAGAGCGGCUGACUGAGGUGCCUUCGUCCCCUUCGCCUUGCUCACGCCUAGCCCGGCACUGAAGCUCCCAGUGUGGGUCUCCCUCCCCUUAAAAGGAGGUCAUUAAACCCCCCCCCCCCCAUCUUGUUCGCUUAACUGCUGCCUUUCGUGUGUGGUUCGAGUUCCCACCCCACCCCGCGGUCGUUGAAUUGUGUUAGUUGCCUUAGGCUUUUUUUGACGCCCCCCGCCCCCCCCGAAUCUGCCCCAGUAAGAAUCGGUCUAUCUGCCCUCCACCUGCUUCGUCAGCCCAGAUUCCCCCUCUUUUUUGCCCCCGUUUUUUGGGGGCUCUUUUCCAGCCUCCUCUCCGCCCAGUCCACCUUUUGGGCUUUGCUGGCCUUCUGUGCUCCCUUUUUCCGGCCUUUUAGCCUUCUUGGCGACCUCGCUGGCCAUUUUUAAUUUUAAGAUAUUUAACCUCCUGGGCGACGACUGGAAACUUUGCUGCAUCCCAGAUGAGCCGGGAUCCAUUUUAUGUAUGUUGCAUAAAUAAGUCUUAUGGAGCAAACAACACCCUAAAUAGAUGUUUAAGAUAAUAUAGGGGUUUUUUUGGAGUUAUUUUUUUAAUCGAAGAGACGUAAGAUAUUAAGACUGAAACGGUCGGUGAUUACUUGAAGUAAAUUCCUCAGCUGAAUAUUUUGCAAGGGGAGAGUGAAAUAAAUUUUAUUUUUAAAUAUAUGAUUGGAAAUUAUUUAAGUGACUAUUUAACUUGGUUAUGUCCCAGCCUUUCUCAAACACUACAUUUUGACAUUUGCACUUUUUGUGUUAGCUGCUGUUGCUUCUCCAAUGCGAAGAGCUUUCAGCAGCCCUUUCAACCUUUUUUGUGGCCCCGACUAGCUCUGGUUUUAAGUUCUCUCCAAACUAGUGGUUUUUUUUCAAAGAAUUUAUUUUUUUAAAACUUAAAAACCUAACAGUAGCACCUGGGCGUGUAUGUGGAGAGUGGAAUAUGAACACAGCUGCUAGUAGUUACCCAAUGGCAUCAUUAUAUGUGGGUGACCUUCACCCUGAUGUCACGGAGGCCAUGCUCUACGAGAAGUUCAGCCCUGCUGGUCCCGUGCUGUCCAUCCGUGUGUGCAGAGAUAUGAUCACUCGUCGCUCCCUGGGAUAUGCUUAUGUCAACUUCCAGCAGCCAGCGGACGCAGAGCGAGCUCUGGACACCAUGAACUUUGAUGUGAUCAAAGGGAAGCCCAUCCGCAUCAUGUGGUCUCAGCGGGACCCUUCCCUGAGGAAAUCCGGGGUGGGGAAUGUCUUCAUUAAGAAUCUGGACAAAUCCAUAGACAACAAGGCACUUUAUGACACAUUCUCAGCUUUUGGGAAUAUCCUUUCCUGCAAGGUGGUGUGUGAUGAGAAUGGCUCUAAGGGCUACGCAUUUGUGCACUUUGAGACACAGGAUGCUGCGGACCGGGCCAUUGAGAAGAUGAAUGGCAUGCUGCUGAACGACCGCAAAGUAUUUGUUGGCAGAUUCAAAUCUCGAAAAGAACGAGAGGCAGAAUUGGGAGCCAAAGCCAAGGAAUUUACAAAUGUUUACAUUAAAAACUUUGGGGAUGAUAUGGAUGAUGAGAGACUCAAGGAGCUCUUCAGCAAAUAUGGCAAGACCCUCAGUGUGAAAGUCAUGACAGACCCUACUGGGAAGUCCAAAGGGUUUGGCUUUGUGAGCUUUGAAAAGCAUGAAGAAGCUAACAAGGCAGUGGAAGAAAUGAAUGGAAAAGAUAUCAAUGGGAAAAUGGUGUUUGUGGGCCGUGCACAGAAAAAAGUAGAACGCCAGGCAGAACUCAAACGAAAGUUUGAGCAGUUGAAGCAGGAAAGAAUCAGUCGCUAUCAGGGAGUUAAUUUGUACAUUAAGAACCUUGAUGAUACCAUUGAUGACGAGAAACUGAGGAAGGAGUUCUCACCUUUUGGUUCCAUCACAAGUGCCAAGGUGAUGCUGGAAGAUGGUCGAAGCAAAGGUUUCGGCUUCGUCUGCUUUUCCUCUCCGGAGGAAGCCACCAAAGCCGUAACCGAAAUGAACGGGCGCAUUGUGGGCUCCAAGCCGCUCUACGUUGCUUUGGCACAGAGGAAGGAGGAGCGGAAGGCCCACCUCACCAACCAGUAUAUGCAGCGCAUUGCUGGGAUGAGAGCUCUGCCUGCCAAUGCUAUCAUCAAUCAGUUCCAGCCAGCUGCAGGUGGCUACUUCAUGCCUGCAGUGCCCCAGGCUCAGAACAGACCCACUUACUAUGCACCUAAUCAGAUGACUCAGAUGAGACCCAAUCCACGCUGGCAGCAAGGGGGGAGACCUCAAGGCUUCCAAGGAAUGCCCAAUGCCAUGCGCCAGUCUGGACCACGGCCGUCGUUACGCCAUCUAGCUCCAACUGGUAAUGCCCAUCGGACCCUUUCUGCUGCCUCUCAAAGAGUUGGUGUUACCAACACUACUCCGAACUUAGCACCUCGACCUCCUGUAGCUGCCCAGGCUCCCAGAGCAGUUCCUCCCUACAAAUAUGCCUCGAGUGUUCGCAGUCCGCACCCAACUGUACAACCUUUGCAGGCCUCACAGCCUGCUGUUCACGUGCAGGGACAGGAGCCCUUAACUGCUUCUAUGCUGGCUGCUGCCCCUCCGCAGGAGCAAAAACAGAUGCUGGGAGAACGUCUGUUUCCCCUGAUCCAAGCUAUGCACCUCAGCCUUGCAGGAAAGAUCACAGGAAUGCUGCUAGAGAUUGACAACUCAGAGCUACUGCACAUGUUGGAGUCUCCAGAAUCCCUCCGCUCAAAGGUGGAAGAGGCUGUGGCAGUGUUGCAGGCACACCAGGCCAAGAAAGAAGCUGCCCAGAAAGUGGGCAUAGUUGCUGCUACCUCUUAAACCAGGAAGACUGGUGGUAAAGAAGCCAAGUGGGUCCUCUGGAAGGCAUCAACUUGAAGAUGUUUAGAAAUAACUUUGUCCUGCAGUCUCCAACACCAUGCAAUGUAUCAUUUUCAAACCCCCAGUGUGGAAAUGUUCUGAUAUGCCUUAUCUUAAAAACAAAGUUUCACCACAACACUUGGUUUCCAAGACCUGAAUAUGCAAUUUGUUAUUUUCAUAGCCAUGACAAAGUUUAGCCUUCUUUUUGUCUUCCAUAAGCAGGACAAUGAAGUGGUCUGAUUGAACUUUUUCAUUUGUGGUUUUGGCUUUAAUUGAACAAAAUCCCAUUUGCAAUGCCUGGAAAGUGUUUAUCAAUAAAGGAAUUUUAAACAAA